AUGGCUCAUGCGCUUCCUCAACUGGACAACUCCGAAUAUACUGUGGGAUGGAUUACGGCACUGCCGCAUGAAACGGCUGCUGCUGUGGCAAUGCUCGACAAGAAGCAUGCCUCACCACAGCACAGGCGCGAAAAAGACCAUAAUAAAUACGCCUUUGGGUCUGUUAACUGCGAAAGUGGCGAACAUUAUGUGGUUAUUGCCAACCUGCCAUCGGGCAAUUAUGGGAACAUUCCUGCCUCGACAACGGCGGCUCACAUGCUCUCCAGCUUUCCAGCCAUCAAAUUCGGACUCAUGGUUGGUAUUGGUGGUGGCAUCUGGAGCCAAAGACAUGACAUUCGGUUGGGCGAUGUUGUAGUUAGUGAACCGAAAGGCAGCUUUGGAGGUGUGAGACUAUAUGACUUUGGAAAAGCAACUGUUGAUGGUUUUCAAUGUUGUGGCUCGCUCAACGAGCCGCCUCGAGUUCUGCUCAAUGCAAUAGGCGCGCUCCAAAGCAAACACGAAAUGGAAAGGAGCAUGACGCCCGACAUACUGCGAAUCACGCACAUCAAGUACCCUGAUAUGAAAGAGCCGCGAACAGGGCCAGGCUACGUCCAUCAAGGCCCCGGCAACGACCGGCUAUUUCGCUCCGACUACCGUCACCAAAGCAACGAGAAAAGCUGCCAUGCUUGUGACGAGGCGGGGGAAAUAGUACGCGGAGAGCGUCCAGACUGUGAUCCAUUUAUUCACCACGGCACCAUCGCCUCAGGAAACAAGGUCAUCAAGGACGCACAAACUCAAGAUCUUCUGGCACGGGAUUGUCUCUGUUUCGAAACGGAAGCUGCUGGAUUGAUGAACGACUUCCCUUGUCUCGUUAUCCGUGGCAUAUGUGACUAUUGCGACUCGCAUAAGAACGAUCAGUGGCAGAGGUAUGCGGCAGCUACGGCCGCCGCAUAUGCCAAGGAGCUUCUCCGCGUCAUAGACCCAGCAGAUGUGAAUAAAACACCAAGAGCAAUAGACGGUAUGCGCCAUGUCUGCACAAAGCUGACCCAGAUUCAUUUUGUACACGAGUUGAAUGAAGGGCACUUUUUGUAA